CCACAUACGUACGUACGUACAUGUACGUGCAUGGUGCGUGCGUCUCGCAUUGUAAUGAUUCUCUUCUCUUCAGAUAAAAAAUUGCAUGGUUUUAGAGUCCCCUGGCCUCACAAAAUGUAAUGUGUUGAAAAUGCAAAAGACCAUACUUAACAUACAAACUUAAUAUUUUAAACUGUAUUCAACAGUGUUCAAGGAUAUUUUGCUACAACUAACGUUAGGAAUUAAGCCAGUCUUUUUUGUGCGAUUCGCCCGCGCCUUUGGGCAUCAUAACUGCAAAACAACGAGGCCUCACUGUCUUUACACUGUCAGACUGUACGUGUGACGUAGGAUUUGUCCCUGUCAGAAGUUUGUAGCAAUGUCCAUCAUAGGUCAGAAACCAGAAGUGAAACUGUGGGAUGAGAUUUGUAAAGAAUUUGCCUUGAUGAGACCACCCUUUCCGAAGGAUGACGAUCAAGGCUCAGUUACCACAGAUAUCACUGAAUUCAGGCCAGAAGCUCACUCCCCAGUUAUGUUUGGCCACAUGGCUGAACGGGUGGAAGUAGACAGCCUGGCUGCUGAUGACUUUGACCCAGCCAGCUCCCAUCCUGCGUGCAUAGGCUACACCAUGCUGGAGAGACAAGCCAAGCGAGACACACCCCCUCCCCCUACACCCCCACCACGAGAAACAUGUAUGCCUCGAGAGUAUUUAGAACACUACAUCUUCCCAGUUCUUCUUCCAGCUUUGUUAGCGAUGCUAAAACAAGCCAAGAAAGAGAAAUGCUUCGAAAGGAAAAGGUUUCGAUUCAAUGGUUGUGACUAUUUGACUGAGUAUUUGUGGAGACACAACCCCAAGUAUACAGGCAGAGAGUCAGACCAGCUAGAAGAUAUUCCAUUCGUCAAGAGGAUCCUUGCCGACCACCCCCGCCCACCCCUCCCCUUGUCGCUGAUAUGGACAGAGCAUGAAGCAGCAGUCGUCAUCCAGUCAUUCUACAGGGGAUUCAAGGUGAGAAAGGAGGAACACAUCCAGGAACUUCGCCAGUGGCAGCGAGAGUGGCGUGACGAGAAUGCCGACAUCAAAGUCAAGGUGGAAGACUUCUGGAAGGAACACGAGCCCGGUUCCGAGCGGGGCAGCGCCAAGAAGGUGCGGGACCACAAGAGCCACAGUGCCAGGUAUCCGGCCUGCUACAGGCUCCGGACUUGGAGUCCGUCACCAGAACGGAGUUAAUGGCACACGUGACAGCACGAGAUCCACAAAGUUAACGAUGCUGCCCAAAGCGUCCUUGCCGCUCCAUGUACAGUCUGUGGCCAAAUGACAAGGACGCUGGGAUGUAUGCAUGCGACCUUAUAAUAUUAAAUUGACUUCAGUGCUAAGAGAGCAUAAUACAUGCAUACAUAGGUGUUGUUGAGGGCAUAAAGCCUGAAAAGUAUGUAUGUUUACGUUUUAUUAUCACACCUGAUUUACACUUCUACGAUUCCAUUUCAUUACAAAUUUCAGUCAAAUAUAAACUAUUGUGUGUUCACUGGGCUCAUGCUUUCUGUGUUAAUGCAAGACCAGUAGCCAUUUUUCAGACCAAUAGAAACUUUACUCUGAGGUUGGACUGGAGUCAUUUGCCCUUUGUCAAAUAUGUUAUUUUUCUUUUGAAAAUAGUAAUUACAUCAGGCCAAGAUGAACAUAUUUAAAGGUACAUUCACGUUUGUACCUAAAAAUGGCAAUUACAGUGUCAUGUAUAUACACCCCUUAAAACAGUCACCGUUCAUCAAUACACCACCUCAAAAUUGAUAGUGAACAAAAUUUUUCCAUUGCUUAGCAAGUUAAAUGCCAGCCCUUGGACUGGGUACAAGCAGAAUCAUUCCGGCUAGUGCUGGUUUGCAGUAAAUGGCACAUAACCACAACUGCGGGAUAGAAAUUCCUGCUUUGUACCCGUUAAUAUUAAGUAAGAUUUUGGGAAUUAGAAACACCAACCACGUGUACAGAGAGGUACAUGUGCUGUGAAGUGGUGAUAGUCACUUGUACGUACACAAUUGUAAAAAGUGUAUUAUUUUGAGGGUUUUUGAAGUUUGCAAUAAAUGGAAUUGACUUGCUGGAGAA